CCCCCACCCCCCCCGGCCUGGUCCAGCGCCGCGCCCGUCUCCAUGGCAACCGCCUGAGCCUCUCCGCCUGGAGCCAGGAAGCAGCAGCGCCGCCCGGAGUCGCCUGUGCGCAUGCUCCGGCCAGCAGACCUCUGCACCGCCCGGAGCUGCAGAUGGCGGUGACGUUUGAAGACGUGGCCCUCUAUUUCUCGCUGGAGGAGUGGGCUCAUCUGGAUUCCAGUCAGCGGAAGCUCUACAGGAACGUCAUGUGGGAGAACUACAAAAAUGUGGUGUCACUAGGAAUUCUUCUUCCCAAACCAGACCUGAUUGCCUUGAUCGAGCAAGGAGAAGAGCUCUGGGGACUGGAAUUUCAUGUAGCCAAGGAGAGAGGAAGCCCAAAAGCCAUCCGCAGAGGAGACAGGACUGAGAAUCUGAGAGACAGUUCUCCAGGAAAACGUUCCUAUCUGGCUCAAAGAGAGGGGCUUGCCCUGGGUUCAAGGAGAAGCCCCUGCGAGGACGAAGCCAGAUCAUCUACCGGAAGAAAAAGGAAAUGCUUUUCCGGGACCCGGGACCACUCCCAGAGAGGAGGGAGGCCGGAAAAAGCCCUUCCCCAGGAACUGCGCUCAACGCAACGUCCGAUUCCCCGGAAGCCAGGCUCCUCAGAUCAGACUUCUUCCUUAAACGAGCGGGAGAAGACUCUGUGCUGGAAAGGGCAACCGAGAGAUCCCAAGGGACAGAAUUCUUACAAAUGUGGGAACUGUGGGAAAAGCUUCGAUUGGAAGUCCCGGCUCGUCCACCACCUGCGCACACACACGGGAGAGAAACCUUACGUGUGUGUCAGCUGCGGCAAAGACUUCAGCCAGAGCUCGGCCCUCUACCGCCAUCAGCGGGUCCACACGGGAGACAAGCCCUAUAAAUGCGACGAGUGCGGGAUAGGCUUCUUUGAAAAAUCGGGGCUCUUCCGCCAUCGGAGGGUCCACACGGGAGACAAGCCCUAUAAGUGCGACGAGUGUGGGAAAGGGUUCAGCGAGAGCUUCAACCUCUACGUCCACCAGAGGGUCCACACGGGGGAGAGGCCAUACAGGUGUGGCGAGUGCGGGAAAGGCUUCAACCAGAGCUCCCACCUCUACGUCCACCAGCGGGUCCACACGGGAGACAAACCCUACAAAUGCGACGAGUGCGGGAAGGGUUUCAAUCAGAGUUCGCACCUCUACGUCCACCAGAGGAUUCACACGGGGGACAAGCCAUACCGAUGCGGCGAAUGCGGGAAAGGAUUCAGUCGGAGCGCUCACCUCUACCAGCAUCGGAGAAUCCACACCGGGGAGAAGCCCUACACCUGUGAUGAGUGUGGGAAAGGCUUCACACGGAGCGCCCAUCUCUGCGUCCACCAGCGAGUCCACUCGGGCAAGAAGCCAUUUAAAUGUGAGGACUGCGGAAAGGGCUUCAGUCGGAGCGCCCACCUUUACCAGCACCAGAGAAUCCACACGGGAGAGAAACCCUAUAAAUGCAACGAGUGCGGGAAAGGCUUCACUCGGAGCUCCCACCUUUACGUCCACCGGCGAGUCCACACGGGAGAGAAACCCUAUAAAUGCGACGAGUGUGGGAAAGGUUUCAACCAGAGCUCCAACCUUUACGUCCACCAGAGGGUCCACACGGGAGACAAACCGUAUAAGUGUGAUGAGUGUGGGAAAGGCUUCAGCCAGAGCUUCAAAUAUUACGUUCAUCAGAGAGGUCACAAGGAAGAGAGGCUGUGUGGAUGCCGGGAGUGACGCGGAUCGAAGCCCGGGCCGACAGGGAGCCCGUCAGACUUCUGUUGACCCAGGAGCAUUUCUGUUCAGGGCCUUCGGAGGCCAUUCUGGAGAACCACCUCGAUCGGUCGGUCAGUCAGUGUGGAAGCUUCUGGAUGCCUGCGGUAUGCGGAGCGCUGGAUUAAGCGCUUGGGAGAAUAAGAUACAGGCAGGAGACACAGACCUUGCCCUCAAGAAGCUUAACAAUCUAAUGGGGGAGAAGGUUGGACACAGCAGAAUCUCAACCCAAACUCUCAUAGCUAUUAGGGUCCCUCACCAUGUGUCAGGCCUCAUUCAUUCAAUCGUUUAUUGAACGUUUACUGUGUGCAGAGCAUUGUACUAAGUGCUUGGAAAGUACAA